GGCCGUGGUACCGUUCGAAAUAAAGGCCGCACAGGCGGCGGUGUGAGGAGAAAACAGUGAAAAAAGAGGGUUUGUUUGGUCGAGGGGCUGCUGCUGCUGCUGCUGCUGGUGUUGGUGCUGGUGGUGGUGGUGGGGUUUGUGAGUGAGUGUGCGAGAGAGAGAUAGAUAGAGAGAGAGAGCGAGAGAGAGAGAGAGAGCCUUAAUGCAAAGGCAGUUUGUGGGCUCUCCGUGCGGCCACCACGGAAAUUACACGUUCUACAAAGCUUUUAAAUACACGCUGCAUGGCAAGCAGCGUAUCUUGUCGCUUGGGGAGUUCUUCUUCGUCAAGAUAUGGCAGGAGGAAGAUAUCAUAUCCGUAGCAGAAGCUCAGCUCCUGUGGGAAGACAGAGCGUCCGGUCAAAUCCUCGUCUCCCUCAGGAUAUACUUUCUACCAGAAAACACGCCUGACGGCAGGUGUGAGGAACAUGGAGAGCAUGAGGUGGUCUCGUUAUCGGAGAAAGUGGUCCUCAGGGCUGAGGAUGUCAUUGGGUGGAUGCGAGCUGCGGGAGGCGUCAAAUGGGACAAAGGGCUUAAGGGUGUGUAUGGCCCACCUUCUCAGGAUCCAAAUUCUCCUUCAGAUGCAUUUUAUACGCCACCUAUAUCAGGGGCGCUCGACAUUAAAGAAAUCAUGAGAGAAAAGAAGUUGAUAGGUGAUGUAAUUGAACCAAACAGCCUACACAUUAUUAUACUGGGUUAUGAUAAAUAUUGUCGGAUGAGAGCCCUUCUAAAAAGAUUAGAAGGCGUAGAGGAAGAGUAUAUGAAGAGUCGUAUUGUUGUGGCGUUGGGAGGAUUUGUCGUUCCUUCAAGACGUACCUGGAUGCUAUUUUGUAGAGAAGUAUUUGAUUAUCCAGAACUUGAAGGUCAUGAUCUUCUUUGUAAUCACCUUUUACCUGAGGUACUGACUGACCAAGUCGUCCCACCUGCAGCGCCUAAGCUCCAAGGCCGACCGAGAAAGAAACGUAAGAAGCAGCAGGGUGACUCAGAAUCAGAGUCUUCUGAAACUUCUGAAGAUAUUCGGCCCCGCCUCAAAGGAAAACCAGGCCUUACUGCCAAACCCAAUGGUCUUCGAGUUUUGGACCGUAAGAACACUACUCGAUCACACUUGACUAAUGUGAAAACAGAAUUCCAGACCCCUGCCUUAAACCGUCUUAUAGAGGUGGAUUUCAUGUCAAAAUUACACAAGUUCAUGAAAGAUCGCGGUACGCCUAUCACCAGAGUACCACAUAUAGGUUACAGACAGUUGAAUGUGUUUGAGUUAUUUACAAAGGUGCAGCAGCUGGGUGGAUUUGAAGCAGUUGGAGAAAAGAAGAUGUGGAGGAGUUUAUAUGAUGAAAUGAGUGGCAUAUCUCCAUCUAGUAAUUCACAACAGGCAGGACAAUCCAAUGCAGCCAUCAUGAAAAGACAUUACGAAAGAUUGUUGCUGCCAUAUGAGAAAUUCUUGUUACAAGAACAGAAAAAACUCUUCAUUGGAAGUCAGAGACCAAAUAAAGUCAAGUCAGAGCCAGGAGAACCUUCUGUGUCUAUUUUACAGCAUCAUGUGCCAAGUGAAUGCAAGGCUUCUCUCAAGUUGGGGGUUGCCUGCCCACAGUUACGACCCUCUCACGUUUCUCCUGGUGGUGCACAGGAGGCACACGGGUUGCCCAGUGGGCCUUUAGGUGCAGCACCUCCUAUGGGUACACCACCCCAAGCCAGCCCUGCACCUCCUGCCUCUGUCAGUCCUCCAACAACACCUACGGAGCUGACGGUUCCAAAGGUUACCACCAAGAAAGACAGUGGCACAAUCCCCGAAGACCUAGCUAAGCGCCCAGAAAUCACCAUUACCCCCAUACCAAGAUCCAUAGGUAGUGUGGUUCCAGGAGGUCCUCUUCAUGAUCCAUUAGCAGCUGUACCUCCAGGUUUGAAAGGUUUGCAGCUUGCUGAUCUCAUGACCUUAGAGAAUAUUAAAGCCAGCUUCGGGAUGUCAGCUUUACAAGAUUUGGCUAAGAUAGCUGAAAGGUAUGAAAAACCUUUACAAGAGCCAGCAACCAAAAAACUGAAAACAGAAGAUGGUGCUAGAGUUAAUGGAGCAAAUUCAAGAGAAAAGGGGAAUGGCCGCCCUUCAGUCAUUCAAGAGACUCCAGCAAGCAAAGCAGGUUUGCCUGCUGUACCAGGUUUAGUCUCUGCUGAUAUGAUUAGACAGAUGAAUCUUCUGGAUGCCAAGUUAUUACUUCCUGCCCAUCAAAGCAACAAAACUAUCAGUGCCAUUGCACAAUUACUACCGCAGACUAGUAUAUUUCCAGCACCGGCACCAGCAGCACAUCAACCUCAUAUAAGUAAAUCCAUCAGAGAUCCUAAUCCUAUAAGACCUGAUCCACCAAGAGUCAUACAGUCACAGUCGGUUUACUCGCAAGCAAAACAUAUAUACGGAAAGCCAACAACUGAUGUAAAUAAAAUGAGUGUUAAGGACACAAAUAAAAGUGCUAGUCCAGAAAUAGAAAUUCUGGAUCUAAGUCGUCCAACAGUAAAUAAAAGUAGCAAACCGCCAAAAACUGAAAGACCCGAAAUAGAACUAUUAGAUUUAUCUACUAGGCGAGAUAUAACUGUGUCACCAGUUUCUAAACCAGGUACAAGCAAAAACUGUAACAGUAAUAGGAUUCAACCCCCAAGUGUGAGUAUAAAAUCUUCAGAUCAUCCUGCCAGACAAUCACCUAAUAAACCCCAAGGUGGAGCUAAUCCAGUGACAGCAGCUCUUGCAGCUGCACAAGGUCUCCCACCUGGUUUAGGAGGUCUACCUUUAAAUCCUGCCGCUCUACUACCGUACCUGUCGCCUAUGCUGUCUCCAGGAGUUAAACCCAAUUCUGGAGCUGGAGGGUCACCACAUAUUUCUAUAUUUCCUUUCAUGGACCUUGCUGCUUAUUACAAUAGUAUGUUACCCCAGGGUUUAAUUCCUACAACGAGUAGUAGUGGUAGUGGUGGUAGUAGUGCGAGUACUACGGCAGCGCAGCAUAUGGCGGCAGCUCAGCUUCACCUCAGUUCAUUAGGGCUUUCUUCAGGGUUGUCAGGUCUUACACCUGAUGCCCUAGCUAGCUUGGGAAUAUAUAAGAACUUCCUACCCCAGGGAAAUCUUCCUGCCCCACACUUCCUUUCAGGUCUCAUGUCGCCACAUAAUCACAACCCGCCCACAAGCAAGUAACAUUACCAUACCCAGUCACAUCACAUUUCAUCUGUUCCUAUAUUAUUCAUCGUUCAUCUCUAAAUUAUGUUUUUCCAGGAUCCCAGAGAUCAUUUUAGUUAGACUUCCGAAUUCUGUUACCAGUUGUAUCAACUAUAUUUUGUCUGUCUCCAAGGGUCAUUUUAAAAUGUGAAUGAAAACCAGUACAAAACUUAUUGUAAAGACUCAUGCUUCCAUGGGAUAUAUUAGAAAAUUCUUAUUGGUUCAGAUAACUUUAGAUUCUCUGUCAAGUGGUGGAAAUUUGGUAUAAGGAGAAUUAGCUUUUAGGCACUUUUGUUAAGUAGCACAAAGAUUUUUUAUCAUUAAAUUAUAACAAAAAGUUGCAAUAUGCAUGUUUAGUUAAGACUAAAGUAAUCUGGAGGCAGACAGUGCCCGUUUUCAGUAUUGUUUAUUUGAUUGAAGCUUCUUUUGCCUACCUCCAUAGUCAUUAUAUUAUUUGUUCACAUUUCUGUUCUCAUCAUCACCUCUCCAAUUAUCAUAUCAUUGCUCACAUCACCAUUGCUACCACAGCCUCCUCUCUCCCACUGAUUGUCUAUACUGGCCUGCCAUUUUGAGCUGGAUUUAACUUGCAUCGAGUUUCUAUGGUACACUAUUUUCCAUCUUCUUUCCUUGAUAGGUAGGGUAUCUAUAUUUAUGUAAAAAGAGGUAUAGAAUCUAUGUUUUUUGAAGAAAUGCACUAAAGUCAUUUACGCAUAAUCAACUGGGCAGUAUUUGUUAUUUGUGCAGGUGCUUGAUGCUCUUGGCAAAAUUGUUAGAAAAUGGUUACACAUGAUUGUUUGUAUUUUAAUUUUUUGUUAAAACAUUCAUUAUAGCUGCAUGUGAAGUGCCUCAUUGUUGUCUUAAAGUAAAAAUUGAUAUGAUUGGUAAGUAAAGGUUCCUGGUGUGAAUUGGUUAUUGUCACUGAAUGAUUCAAUAAUUGUUAGGCAUUGUAGAAAAUUCAAAAAGAAAUGCUGAUAGUUAAUGAGGGUCAGUUGAAAUAGUGGUCAAGUUUGAAAAUGGUUGGCAGGCAAGCUCUAUGCAAUUUUAUAAUUUCAUCAGUUGUAUUGUCUGAAAGUCAAUUUAAUUGUUAUAAGAACAUUUUGAUCAAAAUAAUUGUCAUGUGUAUAGAACACUUAAAUUUGUAAAUCAUUUGAGUAAACCACUUAAAGAAAUAGUUUUCUCAUGACACAAAUAUCUCAUGCCUAAAUAGAAUGCAAGAAUUUGUCAAUUUUUUCUUGUACUUUGUAUUGGUUGUAUUGUUGAAGUAGUCAUUGUUAUUUUGGAAGGAUUUUCUCCGGUGUGCAGUAAACUGCAACAUCCCAGUUUGGAAGUGUAGAUUAUUUUAAUAGACCUUUUAAUAUUUAAUUAAUAGAAAAGUCAAGAUUCAUGUAGAAUUAUUAAUUUUAUUUGGCAGAUCCUUUAAAAUAAACCAUGGUUAUGCUUGUCAGAUUGCUAGGUUUGACAAAAACAAUCUAAGUAUUGGAAAGUGCAAGCUUGUGGUCUCCAUGAAAGUAAAUUGUUUUAAAAUUAUAUAAACAAUAGGGCACUGAGGAAUUUGGUAUUGCUUCUUUAAAAGUUUUUACUUUAUUUAGGCAUUUAUUAAAGUUAUGCAAUUCACAUAGCAUUAAUUAAAAAUUAAUUUUGAUUUUGUAAAUUAAUCAACUCCUUGAACUUUUAUUUAUUUUCUUCUUCAUUGAAGCAUAUGCUGGACUUCUUGACAAAUAUCUGUCUCUUGAAUUUGUUCAUAGGAAACCUAAGAAAUUGCUAUGCAAGUUAACAUGCCAUUGGGAGAAGGGCUCUUUUGGUACCUGGUUUAGAGUAAGAUUUUCUUUUGGGUUCAGUAAGUGCCUAGUUUUGGUUUAACUUUUUUUUUCUUUUUUUUCUAAUUAUAAUGUGGAAAUGUAAAUAUUUGAUUUAUUCCUUUUUUCAAAUUUUUAUUGUAAAAGGAUACUAGGUUAGUUAUUUUUUGUAAUAAACUUUUGUAGUCAUAGCCAGAAAGACAAAUGCCUAGCUGUGGUUUAUAAAAAAAAAUAUAUAUAAAUAUAUAUAUUAGUGGGAGCUGACUUAUGUCUUCUACCCAUAAGAAGUUACGAGUUCAUUCGCGACUACCUCGAGUGUCAAGAUGUGUACAUUCAGAAGCUCAUUCUGGAGGCAAAAUCUGAGAAUGGAACAAAGCAAGAAACAGUGAUCGUUGUUUGUUUUUAGUAAUAAGUAGGAUACAAUCUUCAUCUGCGAGAGAAGUCAGCAAUCACACUUUUGUAUCGUGACUGAAUGAAAGAAUUAUAAAUAUAAAAACAGUCUUUAUCUAAACUCUGGUCAUUGUGGUUUUGUUCUGUUUUCUGUUAUUUGCCUCUAAUAGUGUGUCAUUUGUUUCUCCAUGAGAACCUUUUCAAAUGUAAUUUUAACUUGUAGAUAUGUGUCUUAAAGAUGAUGGUCCUUCCAUAAAUGUUAUGUUGCAUCUCAUGAUUGACCAAAGAUUUCCAUACAUUCAUUCUUUGUACAUACUUUGUGCAAAUCUUAUCAUAUUUGUACAUAAUGGAAGUGUUUUAACCAAAUAGAAAGGACCAAGUAACAUUAGUUAAAAAAAGAAAAAAGAAAAAAAAAGAAAAAAUGGUAGUUGGAAGGCAUUAGUCUGCCAAUUCCCCAACUUGUUCUUUUCUCCCGAAAACUUUGGCAAUUCUUACCUGAAAUAUACCUUUUGUACCAAUGUAAGGAAAUUAUUAAUGUAAUAAAAUGACUUUGAGUAA